AUGAUUUCCUUUGAUCAUCUUCUUUUAGCUCUCACUUUUUCCUUCAUCUACCUGGUAUACCGCCACAUCAUAUCUCCAUUCUUCCUUUCCCCACUAUCCUCAAUCCCCAAUGCGCAUCCAACAGCGCCCCUCUCCAGCCGUUGGAUCGACCGCAAACGCAGCAAAGGCACCGAAGUUCUCGCCAUAUACGCCCAGCACCAAAAGCACGGCCCUAUCGUUCGCCUUGGUCCCCGUGAGCUGAGUGUAAAUUCGCUCCAAGGCUUGAGAAUCAUAUACACGGGCGCGUUUGAAAAGGAUGCGUUCUACAACGAUGUUUUUGUCAAUUUCAACAUCGAAAACAUGGUCGGGAUGUUGCACAAUGCCCCACAUGCGCACCAGAAGCGCAUGCUGAGCAAGAUUUACUCGAAGUCGUUCCUACAACAAUCUGCUGAUCUGGACUCGAUUUCUAGACACAUCCUGUCUGAGCGUCUCAUGCCAAUCCUUAAGAAAUCGAGUGACAGCCAAGAAGUCGUGAAUGUACUCCCGCUAUUCCAGGCCAUUGGGAUGGACUUCACUUCCUCCUUUCUUUUCGGCCUGGGGCGCGGGACGGAGUAUUCGUUGAAGAUUCCGGAAUGGAUGGUGUGGCUGGAGGAGUAUGAGCGUUUCAAAUAUAUGAGUCGCCAUGACCGAUACAUGGGAUUCAUCGAACGGUGGUGCCUUGAGCUCUGUGAGCGGGCGGAGGUCUCUAGAGAAGAUGACACCCCAUCAGAGGGAUCUCCUUCCACAAAUGCAGUCGUCUAUGAACAAUUACGCCAGAGUCUCGCCGCCCAGAAAUGUGACGAUGACCGCCCUUCCAACUUGGCAAUUGCGUCCGAACUACUCGACCACCUCGUUGCAGGCCACGAAACCACGGGUAUCACCGUGACAUAUAUGAUGUGGGAGCUGUCAAGGAAUUCAGAGCUUCAGGCAGAGCUUCGAAGAGAGUUACUACACCUCUCCCAUUCUCUGGAGAAUUUCGGUACAGAUGGAGCCAAAUCCCUCCCAUCCUCUUCCGCCAUCGAUGCCCUUCCGCUGUUGGACGCCGUGGUCCGUGAAACGCUUCGUCUGCACUCCCCAGCCCCGGCCCAACUUCCCCGAGUGACACCGGAAACGAAAAACGGCAUUUCCUUGCAUGGCCACAAUCAAAUUCCAGGGGGCGUGAAGAUCAGUUCGACCGCGUAUUCUCUGCACCGCAUCAGCGAGGUGUUCCCAAACCCGCUUGAGUGGCUUCCUCAACGGUGGCUUGAUGCCGGUGAGAGGAUCCAUGACAUGAGACGCCUGUUCUGGCCUUUUGGUAGCGGUGGGCGCAUGUGCCUGGGAAGUAAUUUUGCAUUGCAAGAAAUCAAACUGGUCGUUGCGGCAGUCUACUCGAAUUACGCGACAACGAUAAUCGACGAUGAGGGGAUCGAGCAGGAUUAUGCCUUUAUUUCGCUGCCGCGUGGGAGGAAGCUGAUGUUGAAGUUCACUCCAGCCGUUAAGUGA